GAAAAUUAUGCAGUGCGUGUGUUUUCUCAUGGCAACAUUCAUGUGGGCAAUUUUCGAGUUACAAAUUUGCAACCGUUAGCCGGGGUGUUACGUUCGUGGUCGAGCGCCAAGCAAAUCUUGACUUCCUGAUAAUUUCCGUGUUUGGUUCUUUUCGCACGCAUGAUCUGCUACGAAACUUGCAUGUGUUAAUACGAUUGAUCAGGUUUUGACCGGUUGGUUGCGGUGACACAUCCAUAUUCUCGUCAUUUUCCUGUAAAACUUGCUGUUUCUUACUAAAACGUUUGGAAUUCUUAUGGGUCCUUUUCUAACUUAGAUGCGGCUGUUCUAACGCUAUGUGCAUGAUGUGGAAAUAAUUAUACUUAAUAUUUGUUUUUUUCCACCUCAUUUGAUAGCUGCAGGUAUUUUCUUAUCAUAUGUUUCUUUCUUGUUAUUUCUUGUCGUGUUCUAUUCAACUACUAUCAUCAUCAUAAUACUUUUUUUCUGGUUCAGUUAAGAGCUGUUGAUAUUUUCUUAUUUUGGUAAAUUUUUUCAUUGUUUGUUAUUUUUUUGUCGGUCCGGAUAUGCGGGUACCCGGACGUGCUGCAAAUAGUGCGGCGAUCGCGUACGCUGUUGCUGUUAUCUGUGGAGUAUGCUUUCCCGUUAACGCUGGUCAACUAUCCAAAUCCGAACUCGAGAUAGCUCAAAGUCGAGGAAAUGUUGUCGAUCCACUGGACCUCGUUUUGCCGCAGACACAGGUCAACACUGGCCUACAGGGCGAAUUCUUCUCCUUAACCAACGAUCCCUGGGCUUUGAGCAGCACCUCCACCCAUACCGUGGAGAAUGCCCUGAAAAACGAGUCCGCAUCGAACGUGACACGCAUUCCAGGAGCGGUGAUUAAUCAGCCAAUAAUUCUACUAAACGACACCCGCAGGGCAGAUGUCAAUGCGUCGACCCAACCGGUUCACAUCCGUUCCAAUGUUACCGAGAACUCCACCUCCUUCCUUGGAUACAUUGAUACCAAAGCAUUUCUUGCCGAUGACUCCAAAAAGGGAAAACCCACCGUUGAGACAACGCCGUAUACAGUCAUUACUAGUAACACUAGUAAGACAGCAUCUGGCAACGGUUCCACGCCAGAAAAUCGACCAAUCACCAAUGUCACGCAACUGCACAACCACGCGGUGGCGUUGAGAGUAACUGGACACAACAAGUCGGACAAUGAGUCAUCCGCGAACAUCACGCAAACCUCAAACCAGACAGUCGUCAUAAAGAUGGCUGAAAAAAAUGGGACAAUUAGCGAGACCAGUGUGGCGAUAGUGGCGCAAAAUCGACCAAUCAUAAACGCUACACACCUACAAAAUCAAACGGUUGCACUGGGUAUCGCCUGGCAAAGCAAGUCGGAUAAUCGACCAAUCAUAAAUGCCUCACAACAGCUGCAGAACCAUACAGCCGCGGCCAACCUAACUGGACAAAAUGCCACGCUUCGUCCGCAUGAUAAUGCGACAAAUAUUCCGAAACCAGUGGUACAAAAUCGGCCAAUCACGAACGCUACACAGUUUCAGAAUCAAACAUCUCCCGUCCAAAAUAUUUCCGUUGUCGCUUCCGUGCCACUCAGAAACGAGACCGCCACGCCCCGAUCUACUGCACCAAAUCGAUCAAUGGCAAAUACGACAUUUUUACCAGCCAAUGCGACAAAAGCGCCACGCCGCUAUGCCACACGGUGUAAACCGGCCAAAUGCAGGUUACCUAACUGCCGUUGCGGUAGCACGGAGAUUCCGGGUGGACUGCCCGCGGAUCAGACGCCCCAGAUGAUCCUUUUGACCUUUGAUGACGCUGUGACACCGGCGACAUUCGAAGACUACAAAGUGAUCUUUGGGAAGAACUGGACGAAUCCCAACGGGUGUCCCAUUCGCGGCACGUUCUACGUAAGUGAUGAGUGGACCAAGUACAAUUUGGUCAAGACUCUGUAUGACGAUGGUCAUGAAAUUGCGUCGCACUCUAUCAACCAUCGCAAUCCACCGGAAAAUUCUACGAUCGAGUUUUGGGAAAAGGAGAUCAACGGACAAAAAGAGAUUCUGAAUAAGUCGGGACAUGUGCCACUGGAAGCUAUCCGCGGCAUGCGCGCACCGUUUUUGCAGAUUGGAGGUGACCUCCAAUUCGAAAUGCUGGCAGACAAAGGUUUUUUGUACGACAGUUCCAUUAUCACCAGCAUCAGCAAUCCGCCGAUGUGGCCUUAUACGCUGGACUACGCAGUGCCGCAUAUGUGCUUAAUUCCACCCUGUCCCGUAAGGUCCUACCCCGGCCUGUGGGAAAUGCCCAUGGUGCAAUGGGAGAGUGACCUUUGGAAGGUCCCCUGUGCCAUGGUGGAUACCUGCAGCCUUUUGGCGGCUCCCAGCGCCGUGGCAACAUACGAUCUGCUGAUGAAGAACUUCAACCGGCAUUUCAACAGCAACCGGGCUCCGUUCGGCAUCUACAUGCACGCCACGUGGUUCCUGCAGCGAGGCCGCUUGAAGGGGCUGCAAGAUUUUUUGGGCGCGGUCAUGCAGUACGAUGACGUGUGGGUCAUCACAACGUACCAAGCUCUCCAGUGGAUUCAACAUCCCACAUCACUUUCCUCAAUGGAUACCAAAGAAUUUCCGCCAUGGAGCUGCAAACGAUGAUCCUUUCUCGUUAUUUUGUUAGAUCGUUCCUGUUGGUACUGUUGUUAUCCGCUUUUUUUGGUGUGUUAUUGCGUAUCCUGUGAUCCGCUCUGACUCUGAACCGGUGAUGCGCCACGCAGUUCACGUUGUGAUUAGCGUCCACAAAAUUAUGUUAAUCCAAAUUUGUAAUCUUAUAUCACAAUUUAUGAGCACAUCUUAUAUGAACUGUAUGUCGUAUCGACAAAAGCACAAUGUUACUAG